AUGUCCACUAAGCGCCACAUCAUCCACGUCCCAGCGACCACAGCAAACGUUGGACCCGGCUUCGACGUCUGCGGUAUUGCCCUCUCCCUAUCCCUCUCUCUCCUCGUCAUCAUCCCCUCCCCCUCCGACUCAUCUUCACAUUCACUCCCCGUGAUCACCUACACCGGUCUCGACAGCACAAACGUCCCCUUAUCACCAUACAAGAACCUUCUCACGAGAGUCGCACUCUACGUGUUGCGGUCACACGACAUCUCGUCCUUCCCUCCCGGAAUCACCAUCCAUGCGCACAACGAGAUCCCCUUUGGGCGCGGCCUCGGCUCGUCCGGCGCAGCAGUCAUCGCCGGUGUCCUCCUCGGUAAUCUCCUCGGGAACCUCAAUCUCCCCCUGUCCCGACUACUAGACUUUGCGCUCAUGGUCGAGCGGCACCCAGACAAUGUCACCGCCGCGCUCGUAGGCGGGUUCGUCGGGUCUUAUCUGCGCGAGUUGAGCCCGGAGGAUAUGUCAGCGGCGAGUAUCCCUCUGGCCGAGGUCUUGCCAGAGUACCCGUCAGAUGCGGGUCCAGAGUGGGGGACGGACCCGCCCAAGGCGCCGACGGGGAUUGGGCAUUAUGUCAAGUUUGGCUGGGCAAAGGAGAUUAGGGCGAUAGCUGUCAUGCCGAGGUUCGAGCUGGCGACGGCCAAGGCGAGGGGAGUGUUGCCAGAGACAUACAGCAGGAAAGAUAUGGUGUUCAACCUGCAGCGUUUAGCCGUACUCACGACCGCCCUCGCUCGUUCACCACCAGACCCGGAGCUCAUCUACGAAGCGAUGAAGGAUCGGAUACACCAGCCUUACCGCAAGACCCUCAUCCCCGGCCUCCCCGAAAUCCUCUCCACCCUGACAUACCAAUCCCACCCCGGCCUCCUCGGCAUCUGCCUCUCCGGCGCCGGACCGACCAUCCUCGCCCUCGCCACCGAAAACUUUGAUACCAUCGCCGCGGAGAUCAAGCGGAUCUUCAAGGCAGAAGGGGUCGAGGUCGAUUGGGAGGUCUUGACGGUGGAUGAGAGGGGGAGCUGGGUCGAGGAAGUGGAUGAGGCGGCCGCGGGCAAGUGGGCGGAACAGCAUCAGGGGGCGAGAUGA